AUGUCUGAAAGGAAACAACAUAGUGACAAAGAACUGGAGCCAAAUCUACGGCGUUAUAGCGAUGAGCUAGAGUCCUCCAUAGGUGCUAUAUUUGAUGACAUAGAUUUCAAUUCAAUACUUAGACAAGAUGACAUCCAAUCAAAAGCUGAUGUGGAGACUGGUACUCGAAUACCGAAUAAAGAGAUGUCCAAGAAUUCUGAGAGCUAUGGUGACGAUGACAUGAAGGACGCAAUCAACAAUGCGUUGAAUGACGUUUUCGACUUUAAAGACAAACAUGCUGGACACGAGACUUUGGGUGAUGUGGAUCAUGCUCCAGAGAGUUCCCGUGUACCACAGAUGGCACAAGACACGAAAGGGCCAAAUAGCGACCAAAAUAGAGAUUUGGGCGCACCCUCAGCUCCCAAGAGACAUGAUUUAGAUGAUGUAAUAGACAGCGUCUUUAGUGAUCUUCUACAAGGCCAACCAGAGAAUAUUGAAGAGCCUCUUCAAGCAAAUGUGUCUGAAAAAACAGACACGCCUCACAAGGAUGGCACCACGCUUAUGCUGGAGAUAAACUCUUCAAUCCGAACUAGUGCAUUGUCUACAGAGAGAAAUAACAAGGAAAACGCUCGAAUAGAAGAGGAAAAGGACACCAAAAAUGGAAGCCCAGGGAGGACAGAACUACAAGAUAAAAAGCUUGAAGUGGAACACAAAAUUAGUCAUUCGUUGAAGCAAGGUAACCACGAUGAUGCCGAUGACGAUGAGCUAAAUUCAGCAAUCCGAAAUGCAUUGGGAAACAUUUUUGAAAAUGAAACGCAAGAUAAUUCUCUGGAUAACAAAGGUGUGCUUGAAAAAGCAGAAAAAGAGAAAACAGAAAGACCAGUGAAUCACGAUGAAGCCUCCUCAUUCAUAGAAAAUAGAUCAGUAACCACUCGGAAUGAGCCGAAAAUUCUGCUACCCAAGAAUCAACCAAAUGAUCAAGAGGGAGUCAAGAAUGCUCCAAAUGUGGUAGCUAGAGAGGAUGUUCCCACUUUGAAGAAGAGUCGACUGCAACCACUAACCGAUUUGACUGCGGUUUCAGAUGAAAAUCUAGAUGAGAAUUUAAAAGGCAUAAUAGGUCACGCAUUCGAUCAAGUAUUUGGCAAACAGUCGUCUCGAGAUAACAACUCGUAUGGGGAACCAAGAUAUACAGUUGAAAACAAAGCGCAUCAGAUACUGGUUCCUGAUCCUACAAAGUCAGAGAGUCAUAGGGGGCCAGCUCCUAGACAUGAGCUACGUUAUUCAGCGGCGGAAGUGAUACGACCUCAGGUUGCACAAUCCGGCUCUCCUGCGACCCAUUCCUCUCUAGUACGAAGUGAAGAGCAGGACCACGACCAAUACUUAGUCGAGGCCAUUGGCGCAGCUUUUAGAUCUAUAGAGGAGCAGGCCACCCCAUCGAAACACAGCAGAGGUCUACAAUCAGGUGCUGGCACUAGGGAUGAUGCGUCCAACUCGAUAGUUGAGGGUAAAAGUAGUGGUAAUAUGAAUACGCCUGUUGUACAAGAGAAAACAAGGGUCGAUGAGACGGCAACUGACCAAGAUAUAGAAGAUGCGAUCGCUGAUGCAUUCAAAAGUGCUAUGCUGAGUGCACAAGUGGGCAACCAUAUCAAGAGCAAGACCGAAGUUCACCAUGCGGUGAAACCAAAGUCUCGCAAGAAAUCAGUUAGAAACUUGACUCACGAAAUUGCGCAACAAGUCCAAGACCGCUUCAAAGAUGAACAUGGCUCGAGUAAGAAGAUAUCACCAAUGGCGCUUUCACUGUAUGGAGAUAGUCCUCUGUAUUCGGGACCAAUUCAGCACAAUCGGACGCUUCAAGCUGCAAUCAAAACCGCUGUCAAAAGUGCUGUUGGUACCGAGAAGGAGGACGCAAUAGUUGACAUUGAGGAGUUACAAAUGAAUGAGAUUAUAGAAAAUGCCCUCAAAAUGGCCGCCGAGAACCCGCAAGAUCUCAUAUCCGGCUUAGAGAUCGAUCACAUUGUUGGUGUGCAUGUGGAGAAAAAGACUGAUAACGAGGAAACUCCACGCAGGGACACCCUCGACCAAGUUAUUGAAAGAAAAGGCAAGGGGAAAAUCCAUAAGCCCGCUAAAGAUCAAUUACGCGUACCACCAUCUCUUGAAGGUAAGUCGAAGUUGAACCACAAGCUGCCCACUCCAGAUAGGAAUAACAAACAAACUGACAUAUCAUCGAGGCUACUAUCGAGAGAGGAUGAUACAAAGAGUUCAUUGCUCUCAAACCCAGAUAUCAAGUCUCAAAUAUCGUCUGUUAUGAGCUCUUUGACUUCAAAGAUCAACAGCGGGGAGCUUGCUGAUACAAAUAUCUUGUUCACAAUACGUCAAAUAACCGAAGAAUUAGCUUCUGGUGGGACGUUAACUAGCUUCUUGUCAAACCAAGCAUCUCUGACCGCAACCACGCCGGCUACUGAAAAAGAAGAUCGACAGAUACUUGCUAAUGCAUUGGGUAUGGCUCGUAUUUUCCUUCUCGAAUUUGCAACUAAAUCGCACGUGCAAGAAAAGUCAGUGAGUGAAAUGAACACAAUGAUAUCCAAUUUGAAUGAAGAUUUCUCAUCUCCCAGCUUGGAGCUUUCGAUUGAACGAGCCGAGUUUAUUUCCUCAAUUGCCAAUGCCACCUUAACAACACUUGUUGACAAUACCGCUGAUAUACAGUAUUCGGCCGAGGUUUUCAACGAAGUUGAAGAGUUUAGAAACUCCUCUCCCGAGGCUCGUAGAAGAACGAGAAUUGGUAAUCGAGAGAGAAAGAAAAAAUGGAGAGAAGAAAAUGCGGAACGGAAUAGAAUCAUUGAAAUAAGGACUAGAGUUUUGAAGAAGGCAUUGACUGAGUUUGGCGAGGAGGACACUCCAGACAAAUUGGAGUGGAUAGAGUCAGAGAUUAAACGGAGGAAAGAACGAAGAUAUGCCCGAGUUCAAACCGAUGAGGAGAAAACAGAAGGGGUACUGAAAACUGAGAAGACCAAAUCACAGGAUGUACAAGGAAAAGUGCAGCAUGUUUCGCAAGACAAGCGUUUGAUCCACCAAGUUAAGGACGUGGUGAAAAUAUUCUUUGAAAAACCAGACAAUCUGAAAAGCUCAUCGGACUUGAUUACAGUAUCGAGUGUGCUUGGAGCAUUAUCGUUGAUAUAUUCUGAAACAGUCAAAUUCGAUGAAGAGAUUAUGUUGGCUGGAAUGAAGGCGAUAUUGAAAGCCAUCACUACACGUGUACAUAUCCUCGAUGGCCAUAAAAGCAGGUUAAGCCUGGAAGCGUUGCGGACAGAAUCGUCCAAGCGAAGGUUAUCAGAGAUCUUAUUCAAUGCAAAGCGUUUAAAAGUGGAUCCAGAUAUCGUUACGUCCAUCAGUAAUAAGCCGCCACAAUCAAUGAGUAUCUCCGAUGGCAUAAUGAGCAAGCCGAGCCUACAACUACCUCGAGACUCCCCAUUUAUAUCGCACAAGGUAGGUGGUGCAAAUGCCAGUGCAUCCACUACAGGCUUGCGAAAGCCAGGAUCAUUUCAAAAACCCAAACCAUUUGAAAAUCCGAGGAAAGACAAACGCAGCGGGGGCAGUUUAAGCUCCCCAAAGUUGUACUCGACUACGUAG